CGGCGGGUGAGCGCGGGAGCAAGAUGGCCACUACCAAGCGUGUGCUGUACGUGGGUGGGUUGGCAGAGGAGGUGGACGACAAAGUUCUUCAUGCCGCCUUUAUCCCUUUUGGAGACAUCACAGAUAUUCAGAUUCCUCUGGAUUAUGAAACAGAAAAGCACCGAGGAUUUGCUUUUGUUGAAUUUGAGUUGGCAGAGGAUGCCGCAGCAGCUAUUGACAACAUGAAUGAAUCUGAGCUCUUUGGACGGACAAUUCGUGUCAAUUUGGCAAAACCAAUGAGGAUUAAGGAGGGCUCGUCCAGGCCAGUGUGGUCAGAUGAUGACUGGCUGAAAAAGUUUUCUGGGAAGACUCUUGAAGAGAAUAAAGAGGAAGAAGGGUCGGAGCCUCCCAAAGUAGAAACCCAGGAGGGAGAGCCCACGGCAAAAAAGGCCCGGUCGAAUCCUCAGGUGUACAUGGACAUCAAGAUCGGGAACAAGCCGGCCGGCCGCAUCCGGAUGUUGCUGCGUUCCGACGUUGUUCCCAUGACAGCAGAGAAUUUCCGAUGCCUGUGCACCCACGAGAAGGGCUUCGGCUUUAAGGGAAGUAGCUUCCACCGCAUCAUCCCCCAGUUCAUGUGCCAGGGCGGCGAUUUCACGAACCACAAUGGCACGGGGGGCAAGUCCAUCUACGGGAAGAAGUUCGACGAUGAGAACUUUAUCCUCAAACACACGGGACUAGGCCUGCUCUCCAUGGCCAACUCCGGCCCAAACACUAACGGCUCCCAGUUCUUCCUGACGUGUGACAAGACGGACUGGCUGGACGGCAAGCACGUGGUGUUUGGGGAGGUCACGGAAGGCCUGGAUGUCCUGCGGCAGAUUGAGGCCCAGGGCAGCAAGGAUGGGAAGCCAAAGCAGAAGGUGAUCAUCGCCGACUGCGGGGAGUACGUGUGAGUCCGCACACGCUGUCUCCGCACCUCCCCUGCCUAUCCAGGAGCCGUUAGCCUGGGAACCAGCACGUGAGGGCGUCUGUCCCCUUUGUGGCAAGCAGGGGUGUGUGUCGUGGCCCUUCUUGGGGGUCAGCUUGGAGCAGCUCUUCUGCAGACUCGGCCCGGGCUCCCUCUGGCUCUCUCCCAGGUGUGGCCGUGGGCCCGGGAGCUCGCAGGGGUCCCCACUGUGGACGGGUGGUGCGUGGCCUUUUCCAGGCCUUUGCUGCCACGGCUUCUCCUGGGCCCACCAGCGGGGCUCCUGGACAUCGCUUCUGGUAAAAUAAACCCGAGUUCUUGUACUGCAAGUCCAGCUAGCUCCUAGGAGUUGUCCGAGUUUGCAUCUCUGCUGAAUUAGGCUGGCAGAGGGAUAGGGCAUAGCUUUUCUUUCCUCCCUUGGGUGGAUUCCCUGAGGUGCCAGGUGGUGUAUCUUCAAGCCAGGUACCCUUGUCAAACCAUGGUCAGGACAGUGGAAAUCAAAAAUAUCAAAGAAGUCCGUCUUCUGCCGCCUUCCACUCCAGAACUCCUGCCGGCUAGUCUUUGAGGCAGCGGGGGUACUUUAUCACUCGCAACGAUUCGUUUGUUUGUUUCUUCAUAUUCGUUCUACAGAAUUUUUUUUAAGGAAGUUCUACGCCCAGUGUGGGGCUCCAACUCCUGACCCUGAGAUCAAGAGUCGCAUGCUCCGCUGACUGAGCCAGCCAGGCGCCCCCAGUCUACAGGAUCUGUAAACGCUGUUUUAUACCUCAGAGCACUUCUCUGUGCCGGGUACUGGGCUUACUUGUCCAGAGGCAGGAGGCCACCCGGCUCUGCGGGCCUAAUCCAACCUGCUGCUUUUCUGUUGAGUAAAAAGUUAUUGGAAGGGACGCCUGGGUGGCUCAGUCGGUUAAGCGUCUGCCUUCGGCUCAGGUCAUGAUCCCAGGGU